AUGUCCAGGUCGAACCAAACCAGUUCCUUAGACAAAGACUUCCUUAUUACUGGAUUUCCGAAUUUCAGAGACCAAGAAAGCAGAAGAUAUUUGUUUGGAGCCUUCCUCACAGUUUAUCUCUUCACUCUUGUUGGGAACAUUCUUCUAAUCAUAAUCUUUAUAUCUGACAGAACACUCCACACCCCUAUGUACAUAUUAAUCUGUGGUCUGGCUGUUCUCGACAUCGCCAUCACUACUAACACCGUGCCCAGUAUGCUAGUCCUAUUCACAUUUGGGUACAGAGUUGUGCCAUUCGCCGCAUGUUUUACUCAGACAACAUUCUGGUUGGGUCUAUGCUCAGCUGAAGGCUUUCUGCUGGCCCUAAUGGCAUAUGAUCGCUACAUAGCCAUUUGCAACCCUCUUCAUUAUCCUAAUUUAAUGUACAACAGGCACAUCAUAAAACUCAUGGCCUACUGUUGUUUGUUUUGCUUUUUUUGUUCAAUCGUUACUGUUGCUGUUCUUGCCAGGCUUCCAUUCUGUGGGUCUAAUCAAAUAACUCACUGCUUUUGUGACUUUGGUUCUUUGAUGUUCUUGGCUUGUGGAGACAAUCAAAUAACUAAUUAUGUUAUGUUUAUCAUUGGUUUGUGUGUUAUGUUCAUUCCAUUGGCAUUUAUCCUUUUUUCUUACAUGCGAAUAAUAUUUUCGGUUGUCAAGAUUGCCAGCACUGAGGGACGAAUGAAGGCCUUUUACACAUGCGGCACACAUAUGCUGGUCAUUUCUGUCUUUUUUUUGACAGCCAGCGGUGAAUUUAUAGCGAUCAGAAUUCCCGGUACAUCUGUGGACACUCGUAUAAUGGUUCUAAUCAUACAGAAUGUCUUUCCACCUUUAACUAAUCCAGUAAUUUACUGUCUGAGAACUAAGGAAAUCAGAAAAAGCUUUCAUAAAAUGAUGAAGAAAAUUAAGACUUGUAACAGACAAUGAGUAGAGUUAAUUUGCCUGAAACAGAUAUCAUUAUCAUCUAAC